GGGCCCUUGGAAUUUUGUCGCCUUUUGGAUUUCGGAUUCGUGAGUUGCUCUCGGAUCGGCUGUUUCCAUUUUGUUGGGUUGGGAUGGGGUCGUCGUCUGAAAUUAUACAGCGACGGCGGCCCCUUCGCCCUUUGCGCUUUACGCGCCCCCUUUCUUCCAUACAAGCCGCACCGCUGGCCUCGAGGAAGCUUUGUUGAAUAGUAACUAACAACGCUCCUCCAGAAUGAACCUGAAUACCUUCAUGAUCAGUAGCAGCAUGGUGGUUGCCGGAAUGUCGUGGUGGCAAUCGUGGAUCUGUGUCUGGCUCGGAUAUGCCAUCGCUGGGUGCUUCAUCUGCCUCACGGGCCGGAUAGGAGCCGUGUAUCACAUUGGAUUCCCGGUGGUCAACCGGGCUUCCUUCGGAAUAUACGGGGCUCUCUGGCCGGUCUUCAACCGAGCCGCCAUGGCCUGUAUCUGGUACGGUGUUCAAGCCUAUAUAGGGGGUCACUGCGUAUACCUGAUGAUCCGGGCCAUAUGGAAAAGCUGGGAUCGGGACACCAUCCAACCCGGUGCCUUCGCCGUCGACUCUGGGACUACGACUGCCGAUUAUGUCUCUUUCUUCAUCUUCUGGCUCUGCUCCCUGCCGGCCAUAUGGUUCCCCGUACAUCAGAUUCGGCACUUGUUCACUGUCAAAAGUUACUUUGUUCCUUGCGCAGCCAUCGCCUUCUUUAUAUGGGCCGUUGUCAGGGCUGGCGGUGUAGGGCCUAUCAUACGACAACCAGCGACGAUCAGCGGCAGUGAACUCGGAUGGGAAUUUGUCAAAGGCGUCAUGUCGUCCAUAGCCAACUUUGCCACACUCAUCGUGAACGACCCGGACUUCAGUCGUUUCGCCGGCAAACCUCGCGAUGCUUUGUGGUCUCAACUUUUUACUGUACCUAUCGGUUUCGCCAUUACGAGCUUCAUCGGCAUUUUCGUUUCCUCCUCGUCCGUGGUCAUCUAUCCCGGGAGCGAGCCUAUCUGGGAUCCACUCGACCUUCUUGAAAAUUUUAUAGAUGACGGUGGAUCCGCCCAACGAUUUGGUGUCUUUGUCAUCGCGCUUGCAUUCGCACUGGCGCAACUUGGGACUAAUAUUGCAGCAAAUUCAGUCUCGGCCGGUACAGAUCUGACCGCUCUCUUUCCGCGGUUCCUCAAUAUUCGUCGCGGCGGUUAUAUCUGCGCGGCAGUCGGUUUGGCCAUGUGCCCAUAUACGUUGUUAACUUCUGCCAACCAGUUCACUACCUACUUGAGCGCAUAUUCCGUUUUCUUGAGCUCCAUUGCUGGGGUCAUGUGCAGCGACUACUACUUCGUUCGAAAGGGCUAUCUGGAGAUCAAGGAACUUUACGACGCCCGGAAGACGGGGCCAUAUUUUUACAGCUUCGGUUUCCACUGGAGGGCUUACACUGCCUACAUCGCCGGUAUCCUGAUCAACGUCGUAGGAUUCGCAGGCGCCGUUGGACGUGAAGUUCCCGUUGCGGCCACCUAUAUCUACAACCUCAAUUUCUUUUGCGGUUUCAUCAUCUCGGCAGCAAUUUACUGGGGUCUGUGCAAAGUGUCCCCGGUUCCUGCCGUGAGCGAUAGAUGGUUGGAAGUUGGCGAUGAAAUCACGGAUAUCAGGUUGGCAUACGAGGGCAGCAGCCAACAUGAAUUCGACGAAGAAGCGGUCGUUAGUGGGAAGUACGGCGAGAACCAGAAAACUGUCUGCGGCAAAGUGUAAACUCGUUUUGAAAAGCGCCUCCGCCUGAAUUUCAAGCAAAGGGUUCAGUUCCUACUACGUACAUUCAAUGAGGUGUUUCCAAUAUGGCGUUUUCAAUAUGGCGGACGGUACCCUGUACACGAACGGGUUCAGGGAAACCAGCUCUCUUGAUCGACGCAAGCGGCUAGGAUUCACCUCUACACAGUCCCUAUUGGUCAGACGCGCCGGAGGAGGCACGGCCCCUCGGCUAUCCGCUCAUCUCCACCACAUGCAAGACACUCAGGCGACUCAGGCGGACAACGAAACAAACGGCUCUCCUAGGGUUGGAAUGGAAUGACAGGAAUAGCCUGUUAUUCUGGUGUCGUAGAUUGACAUGACCUGGCCAUCCCAUGUUUUCCCCUAUUUCGU